GUUGCAUUUACUUGGUUUCCAACAUGGCGACGGCGUAGAAUUUUAUUUUGGUGUAUAACAUCACGGAAUAUCGAAACAUUUUGGCCAUCUGCAAACUAUUUGGUUCUCAGAAAACCUUUAAUGUACCUUCAUUACUACUCUGUCUUAGUUAAUCUGUGUUUACGAGUAAUUGGGAGAUGUAUCGUCGCGGAGCCGCAAAGAAGGACCACAACAACAAACCGGUAAAGAAGGAUGUGAGUGACAGUGAUAAAUACGCCGAUCUCUUGGUGUUCGGAUAUGCCUGCAAACUGUUUCCAGACGACGAAAGGGCUCUUUACCACGAACAUGGAAAACAUCUUAUCCCAUGGAUGGGGGAAAAAAGCAUCAUGAUUGAUAGGUCGGUUGAACAAACGUAGACCGAAACAUUAUGCUAACCAUCUAGCCUGUCCGUUAGCCUGUUUCAAUAUUCAAGGAACCACUUGGAGUUUGUCUUGCAGAAGCUUGGAAAUACCUGCAACUGGCGACGAAUGUUUUAUUCCUUGUCUGCUAACUUGUUUUUGGAUGUCCUGAACUCAAAACAAAUGGUAUUUGAAGUUUCUAGAAUAACAUGUGAAGAUGCAAAUCGCUGCCAGUAUUUGCUAACAUUAGCCAUAACGCUGAGCAAUCAAUGUACACUCAGUUGCCAAUUUAUCACCACACCAGCUAAAACUACUGCAGUGUAAUACAACAUCGACACAUAUGUCGUAGACAAGGUUUAGUAAUACUAAUGUAAACCAGUUUAAUUAAAAAAGAAAUAUUGUAAUCUUUAUGAAGAUAGCUUUUGUUGCAGAGCUGUAUUUAUUUGACUGCAUUAGUUUGUGCUGUGUACCUCCUAGCAAUGGCGUAUAUUUCACAGACCAAAACAACAGUAUUACAGUGUCUUUUAGGACUACAAAGAUUAGCUUUUAGGUAGGCUUUGCAUCUUGAUAUGUUGGCAGAAUUUCGUCUGGAAAACAUUUACUUCCGACAUACUUUAUAGAAUAAAAUGACAGUCUAAAUGGAGUAUAACAUAGAAGAUAUUUCCUUCUUUCUCUUCCUUUUUCAAAUUGAAUUUAGCAGAAAAUGCGUAUGUGUACACAAAGGAAAUGACCUAUGAUGUGCUGAUAUCCACAAGGCCAGAGCAAAUUCUAACCAAGACUAAGGUUACAGCAGUUAAGGUGAUUCAAAAUAUCUCAAUGUCGAUUUGAAACAGCGGGGUUUGACUAACAGGUGCUUUCAGCCUUUUACAGGUGAUUAAGUAAUGUUUGUUUGCCACCUUGAUGCAGAACAUUUAAAAAAAUGACUAAUCUUAAAAUAGUCCAUUCUUUUGAAUCACCUUGACCUGCAGUGACCCAACUUGUGUUUUAUUUGUACAGCCUUUGAAUGUGUGUCUUUAUCACAUAACCCAGUUUCUUCCCCAGUAAGGUAGGCUAAGGGGUCCUGCCAAACCCCGAAUGCCAACUACAGCACCCCAUUUCUUUGUCUUCAUGAAGAAACUGCAACUGAGAAGUGGCGUAGAGGGACGAACCCUGGAAAAUGUCGUCCAUUUGGGUUCUUGCGGAUAGAUACGAUGGGCGCGGUCACUUACAUGACCUUUCAGAGUACGACAGCGGGUCAUGGAAUACAUCCUACCAGCUGUCAGAGGAGGAGGCCAGGAUUGAGGCGCUGUGCGAUGAGGAGAGGUACCUGGCUCUGCACACUGACCUGCUGGAAGAGGAGGCCAGACAAGAGGAGGAGUACAAACGUCUGAGUGAGGCUCUGGCCGAUGAAGGCACCUACAAUGCAGUGGCCUUCAAAUACAGUGCUGACUACUAUGACCCGUCUCAGCCCACUGAGGAGGAGGAGGCUAACAGGGAAACUGAAGAGGCAGAGCCUGAGGAGAGUGAAGAACCGUUUGUUGCUCCCCCAGGACUCUCUAUCCCUCCUGAUGUGGAACUGCCGGCAACCAUCAAGACCCACAACAUCAUCGAGAGGACAGCCAACUUUGUAUCUCAGCAGGGGGCUCAGUUUGAGAUAGUCUUGAAAGCUAAGCAGUCCGGAAACUCCCAGUUUGACUUUCUCCGUUUUGACCAUUACCUGAACCCUUACUACAAACACAUCCUGCGGGCCAUGAAGGAAGGUCGAUACAACGUUGUUUCCGCCAAGAAGCAAGAGCAGCCCCAAGAAUCCAAUUCUGAUGAUUCAGAUGAGGAUGGAGAUGGCAAUUACCUCCAUCCCAGCCUAUUUGCCCCAACAAAGUGCUCUCGCCUGGAGGAGCUGGUGAAGCCUCUCAAAGUGAUGGACCCAGACCAUCCUCUGGCAGCACUUGUAAGGAAAGCCAGACAGGAAAGGAAUGGCACAGCAACAGAGGCUCCAAAACCAGAGGAAGUGACACUCCCAGCUGCAUCCAGCACACCAGCGCAGUACACUGCUGACCCAAAUGCAGCAGCAGUGUAUUAUGGGUACUACAUGCUUCCUGAUGGAACGUUCUGCUUGGCCCCGCCUCCCCCAGGGAUAGAUGCCAGUGCCUACUAUAACAGUAUGCCCUCAGCUGUCAUGGCUCCUCCAACAUCUUCUGAGGCUAUGCCUAAUCUAGGAACUACACCCACCCCUCCUAAAACUAUCGCCAUGGCACCGCCAGCUACAGCUCCCCCUCAAGUCAACAGCUGUGCUGCUCCGGUUGUUGUUCCAGAAACCAGUUCGAAACCCGAAGCUCAAGUUUCCACACCAGUAGCACAAGCCAUCAUUCCCCCACCACCUGACACCCAGCCAGUCAUAGACAAGCUAGCCGAGUACGUCGCAAGGAAUGGUCUUAAGUUUGAGGCCAGCGUCCGUGCCAAGAAUGAUCCACGGUUUGACUUUCUGCAGUCUUGGAAUCAGUACAACAGUUAUUACGAGUUUAAGAAGAAUUACUUCAUGCAGAGGGAAGGAAAAGGCUUUCCAGAGAGUGAGACAGUAGAUGAUGAGGAUGAUAAGCUUCAAUUAGACACAUCAGCACAGGACAAGCUGACAAAAGCCUCUUUUGCCCCCAUCUGUUUUGCCAUCAAGGCAAAGGAAAAUGACAUGCUGCCGCUGGAGAAGAACAGAGUUCGAUUGGAUGAUGACUCCGACGAGGACAAGUUGGUGGAAGAGCAGAGUCUCCUAGCUGUGAUUGGUGGGGUUGAGAUGGUUGUCAAGGAGUCUGCUCCAUUCAGUGCACCAGAAGAGAAGAGACCCUCCCUCAGUUUGGAGGAGUUGGAGGCAAAACAAGCCAAGCAAAAGCUGGAGGACCGUCUAGCAGCUGCAGCCAGGGAGAAGCUGGCCCAGGCAUCGAAGGAGUCCAAGGAGAAACAGCUACAAGCGGAAAGAAAGAGGAAGGCAGCGCUCUUCCUACAGACGCUCCGCAGCCCCUUCACUGGGGAGCCUGACGCCAAGAGAGCUGAGCUAGACUCAACUGUACAUCUUGAGAUGCAAGAAGCCCUUUCUGUCCUGUCUGACCAUGCCCCUCCUCAAGUGUCCUCUGCAGCACCUGCGUAUCUUAAGGAUCAAAGAUCCACUGCGGAGAACAAAGGAGCCUAUCGCAGCAGGGAGGCCCCGUCCUCCUCAUCCUCUCACACUACCUCCAGAGGAGCAGCAAGAGACAGAGAGAGAGACCGAGACCGAGACAGGGAUAGGGAUAGGGAUAGAGAAAGAGACAGAGACAGGAACAAAGGGAGGGACAAGGACAAAAAGAAGAAAAAACACAAGAGGAGGUCAAGAUCAAAGUCGAGGUCCAGGUCGAAGAGCAAACACUCCCUCCCCAGUGCCUACAGGAGAGCCGGCAGGUCUCGAUCCCGCUCACACUCCCCAGGGAGGAGGGACAGAAGGGGCCCCUCAUCGGAGAGGAGACGUGAAGAGCGGGAGCGCCAUCAUCCCAGUAGCAGCUCUAGCCUGCCCAGGGGACAUUCCAGAUCCAGGUCCCCUCCUGACAAAAAGAGGAGCUCCUUGUCAUCCUCAGGACAGCUGCAAAUUGUGGGUUCCUCUCUCUCUCCAUAUUGCUCACCCGGCAGAGUUUUGUCCCCGUCAGCUAGCCCCGCCUCCAGCCUGGCUAACUCUAGGGGUGGUUCUCUGGAGAAAGACAAGGCGGUGGCCUCAUCCAUAGUAUCCUCUGUUCAGUCCAAAAUAACUCAGGAUCUGAUGGCCAGAGUGCGAGCCAUGCUUGCCACCUCCAAGACCUUCCAGUCUCCCAAUUCCUAAAGAUAGGACAUGACUUCCUACUGGCCAUGGCAACCUCGGCCAAUCAGCGAACGGAUCUGUUUCAUCUUCCGGUGUUCAUCCUCGAUUUAUGAUUUAAUCUUUAUUUGAGUUUUGUCAGAUUCAGUUGGGCUACGUUGUGUCUUCUGCAGUGUUGUAAGAGUGAUGUAAAGGCACUCAUUAAGCUGAAAUAUCUGGUGUCACACCUGACCUGAGAAAAGAGCUCAUCAGUUUGGAGAGCAUUUUAGCAGCUGGCAUGUUUUGGUGCAAAUAUGGAAAUAAAUCCAUAGAUUAUGCUGCAUCCUGUUUUAAAACUCUACUUCUCCCCCACAUGGUGACAGGCAUUCUUUGCAGCAUUACGUAAAGCUGCUGGAGGUCUGUAUUCUCUCGCCUUCUAUGAAGGGUUGUGUUUUGAUAAAUUCAAUUCUCUCCUCCCUCAUCUACUAUUCUCUGCUGUUGUUUUCCCUCUUAUUUCCGCCCCCAGCUGUCUUUGCUCUCCGGCACAUCACACGUCUGCUUGAGAAGCCCUUUUCAUUUUCAACCCUGUCCCUCAGCUCUGGUGUGUGGUCUUUUACUUCUGUUCCUGGUUUGUUCUAUAAUGGAAUUUAAUGUAGAACAACUUUAUAAUCUAAACUGUCAAUAAAGUUUCAAUUAUGAUUUA